AUGGACGCGAUCAAGAUGGAACCGUCAGGUUCCGUUGCACCAAAUGCUGCGGAUCAUAUCCAUUCGCCGUUGGACAUGCUGUCCACUCCAGCGCCCACGAGCGCAUCCAUUGCCCUCAAGGCAAGCCAGUCGCCCUCGCCAACAUCCUCGGCUGCUUCCAACUCGGGCUCAAAGCCGCAUUCAUCGUCGACAUCUUCACAGUCGCGAAGACCCCCUCGGAAGAGCACUUUGACUCAGCAGCAGAAGAACCAGAAGCGACAGCGUGCCACUCAAGACCAGUUGACAACCUUGGAGAUAGAGUUCAACAAGAACCCAACCCCCACUGCCAAUGUCAGAGAGAGGAUCGCGGAGGAGAUCAACAUGACCGAAAGGUCUGUUCAGAUCUGGUUCCAGAACAGACGCGCCAAGAUAAAGCUAUUGGCCAAGAAGAGCCUGGAAACAGGCGAGGACAUUGACUCGAUACCCGAGUCGAUGAGAGCGUAUCUCGCCAUGCAGGCAAUGGAGUCUGGCAAGGCCAUGGGUGGCGCCUUUUUGGGACGGACCGGUCUGAUUCCUUAUGGCACGUCAAUGAUGCUGGGCGGCGAUCAAGGCGGCCAGGGCAAAGUUCUCAUCCACCAUCUUACUUGCCGUUCUUUGACCAUCGGCAAAUGGACUCGUGUUGGACAGAACACGAUGGAUCUAAUAAUUUUCUACUCACCCGAGAAGUGCACCAUGACGUACUACAUCAACAACGACCAGGCCGGGUACAAAAUUGAGUAUCAUUUCAGCGCCAUCAAGAACAUUUACCUUGACAACCCCGAAGGCGACCCGAGCAAGCCUGCCGGCAUCGUCAUUGAGUUGAAUCGGCCGCCAAACUUUUUCAUGGACUCUUCUCCCAACUCCAACGGCUUCUUCCAGUGCGGCGAUUUCACCGAGGACCAGCAAGCUACCCAGUGCUUCAUUCACCACUUGGGCGGUACACCUAAGGUCCUCAGUGGCCAGCUGGCAAAGCUCGUGUCGUUGGAAUCGUUCAUGAAUCGCCACAACCCGAGUCCCUUCCUCGACCAGACCCACCACGCCUUGUCCAUGUCGGCACCCGUUUCGCCAACCAAUCGUCCGUCGUCUCAGCCGAACUUUGCUCAGCCUCAUGUGGGCAUGUUUCAGGAAUCGCAAUGGGGAAUCAGCCCCGCUCAUGCGAGCAUGCGCGGUCCCGGCCACAAGCGCCAACGCAGCCGCUCCGUCCCCGCCCCGGUUGACUUCUCGCUCUUCCAGAACCCGAUGCCAUCAUUCUUCAUUCAGCACCCUGGAGAAAGCCAGCCCCAACCGCAUAGCCCCAAUGUGUUCGCGCCGGUGCCUCAGCACCCUCAUCAGCUUAGCCCCGUAGGACCGGGUCUCCGAAUCGAUACUCAGGCUGGCUACGGCAUGGAUUUGCGACCAUAUCCCUUGUCAGCUGCCACGAGCGCGCCUUCCGAGUACUCGACCAAUUCAAACUACUUCUCGCAGGCACCAGAGCACACGCCACUCCCAGCAUCAAGCUACAACACCCCCUACAGUAGCACCUUCUUGUCGCCAAUGGUGCAACCACAGAGCAUGAUCCCUCAAUCCGUGUCACCUCUGCCCUUUACACAUGGUGAUCCUGCCAUUGUUGAGCAAUCUCCUCCGAUGGGCAUGAUGCGCAGUGCGUCUGCUGACAUCUACCCCAUGGGCGAGUCUGCUGUUUCAGAAGACGGACACAGCUUGAAUGAGAUGUACUCGAAGCAUACCAUCAAUCUGCCUAUGCACCCUCACUCGCCGGCUUAUGUCGACUCGAACCAAGCUGACUUGGACAUGAACCAGCUGGUGCAAUUUGACGGGAUGGACCAUGUCAGCACACCUGAGAGCAUGCACCACCAACAAUAA